AUGUCAAAGCAACAGAAGAACGACUUCUCGGAGAAGCUGAUGAUCAGCGCUGAUGGCCAGCUGAGCGCAUCUCAAAAGAUCCCCCAGAUCGCCAGACCCUUUGUCAGCGAGAAGGCAUUGAAGUACCUUGACAUUAAGUUCGUCGAAGAAGAAUGUAUACCCGCCGAUGCCGUAUUCCAACAACAGAUUGGCGACUCGACAGCUGAACGCUUCAGCGGCCACCCAGCCAUCAUCGAAGACCUCAAGAAGCGUGCAAGAGAGCUAGGACUAUGGAACUUGUUCCUGCCAAAGAAUCACUUCAAGGAGGGAGCUGGCUUCAGCAACCUUGAGUAUGGUCUCAUGGCCGAGUACCUGGGCAAGAGUCGUACCGCCUCCGAGGCCACCAACUGUGCUGCACCCGACACUGGUAACAUGGAGGUGCUCGCCAAGUACGGUACACAGGCUCAGAAGGACAAAUGGCUCAAGCCUCUGCUGGAAGGCGAGAUCCGUUCUGCCUUCCUCAUGACCGAGCCUGAUGUUGCCUCGAGUGAUGCCACCAACAUCACUCUUGACAUUCGCCGUGAAGGCAAUGAAUAUGUCCUCAAUGGUUCUAUCUACAUCACAAUGGGCAAGACGGAUAAGAACAACCCCAGCCCCUACAAGCAACAGAGCGUCGUCCUUGUUCCAGCAGAUACCCCCGGAAUCACCAUUCACCGCAUGCUGGGUGUCUUUGGCUACGAUGACGCCCCUCACGGUCACGGUCACAUCUUCUUCAAGAACGUCCGCGUGCCUCUUGACCACAUCGUCCUAGGUGAGGGCCGUGGCUUCGAGAUUAUUCAGGGUCGUCUAGGCCCUGGCCGUAUUCACCACGCCAUGAGAAGUAUUGGCGCUAAAGCUCUCGAGCUCUUCGUCGCUCGUGUCAACGACCCCCGCAAGAAGGCAUUCGGCAAACUCCUGAAUGAACACGGUGUAAUGGUCGAACGCAUUGCCAAAUCUCGUGUUGAGAUUGACUCCGCCCGUCUUUCCGUACUCAAUGCCGCAAUCACAAUCGACACUAAGGAUGCCAAAUUCGCACUCAAGGAGAUUGCUGAAGCCAAGAUCUUGGUUCCCUCCAUGGCUUUGACAGUCAUCGAUCGUGCUAUUCAGGCCUAUGGCGGUGCUGGUGUAUCACAAGACACACCGUUAGCAAACAUGUAUGCCCAAGGCAGAACCAUGAGGAUCGUAGAUGGUCCUGAUGAGGUGCAUCUGUUGCAGCUUGGUAGAAACGAGAACAAGAGAGGCAAAUUCUUGUUGGACAGAUUAGCGCGACAGAAGAAGAAGAGUGAGGAGCUGGCAGCUAAGCAUGGUAUGAAGCUUAGGGAUGUGUUGCAGCUGGACCGUGUCAUGUCUGAGAAGGCCAAGCUUUAG